ACCAGUCGUCCACAGCAUCCCAGAUCUGAAAAAUCUGAUGGAGGACAAGUCAAUGAACAAAAGGAGAUUAAAGCAGGAAAGUGAGAAUAACUUAGAAAAUUUAGAGAUAUAAGUGCUAAAGAUAAAAUUAGAAAUUUGAGUGUAAAGAGAAUCCUAAAACAAGCACAGAACCAUGAGUACCUUUGGGUACCGUAAGGAGUUGAAAAAGUACGAAGAGGUGGACGAAGAUGAGCUGCUGGCCACUCUGUCCUCUGAGGAGCUCCAGGAGCUGGAGAGGGAGCUGGCCAACCUCGACGACAACAUCCCCAUCGGCCUGAGGCAGAAAGACCAGACUGCCAAAACCCCAACGGGGACCUUCGACAGGGAUGCUUUGCUGAAAUACUGGGAGGACGAGAACAAGAAGCUGCUGGAGGAGGAGAGGAUGGAGUCCAACACCGGACAGGAGGGACGCCCAGAUAAGAGCAGAGGGGAGCAAGUGACAGUGACCUCUAGUGACGCUGGGAAGUCUGUGGACAGUGUCAAGAAGAAGAUUUCACAAAAGGGGAAGAAAGUGCAGAGUGUCUCCAGCAAAAAUGCCGUCAAGAAAGCUGAGGUGGAAAAGAAAGAUGAGUGUAAAAAGGAGGCACCAAUCAGGAAUAAAUGUCCUCAGAAAAAUGGUCUGUCAAAAAGUUUGAGAACUGAAUCAAGGAGGACUGAAACGACAGACCAAAACCUGAACACAACGCCUGACAGACCGAGCGGAAACCCAACAGUCAUUGACAAAACUCUGGAGCAGAUCCUGUGUGAUGAUCCCACGAUGUGCGAAGUCAACCUCAACAACAUUGAAGACAUCUCUCAGGAAACCUUGCUUCGUUUUGCCGAGGCCCUGUGCACAAACACUCACGUCCACAUUUUCAGCCUCGCAAACACACAUGCUGAUGACCGCGUGGCCUUCGCCAUCUCCAAGAUGCUCCAUGAGAACCAGUUCAUCAGAAACCUGAACAUCGAGUCUAACUUUGUGUCUGGUCAGGGCAUCCUGGCUCUGCUGGCGGCACUGCAGCACAACCGGACACUGGUGGAACUUCGCUUCCACAAUCAGAGGCACAUCUGUGGGGGAAAGGUGGAGAUGGAGAUGGUCAAGCUGUUGAGGGAAAACACCACUCUGCUUAAGCUUGGUUAUCAGUUUGACCUCCCAGGUCCAAGAAUGACAGCAACCAGCAUCCUGACACGCAACCAGGACCAACAAAGACAGAGAAGGCUCCAACAGAAAGCAGAACAGAGUUCUCCAGAGGUAUCAGGACAGGGUUCUGCAGAAAAUAAACCCACAAAGAAGCCUUCACCUUCUAAGACUGAAAAUCGGAACAGAAACCCUCCUCCUCCUCCUCCUCCUCCAUCUCUAGACCCAUCGACAAGGAAGAUUGCAGAAAUGGUUAAACAGCACGAAGGCUCAAACAGCCCGAAGAGUCAGUCAAACCAAAGGAAACCAAAGUCAAAGAAGCUCAAGAAUGGUGCCAAUGAAAAGGAAAGUGCAGAUAUUCUCAAAGACCUGAAGAAUGCCUUGAAGCCGUCUCUGCAGAAGAGACGAGACGAACCGUCACACCUGCCACCACCACAGAGGUCGGGCCGAGACGACCUGAUGGCAGCAAUCCGUGGGAGCAGCAUCAAAUCCUUAAAAAGGGUGGAUCUGUCACAGGCCUGAACCCACCAACUGAUCACACUUGAACUGUUCUCACUUUGUAUUGAAAUAUUACAUUUUUAUUUCACACCAAGCGUCACUUUUUAACAGUUUUCUUAUUUAUCUUGUCACAUGUUUUAGCAGCAGUCUGAAUUUCUGUGUUUUAGAUUGCAUUGUUGUUUUUUGUUACUGUGUGAAACUGACUGUGAAUAUUGACAUGUAGAAAAAUAAAGCUUAUGU